CACACAAAGGCAGCAGGCAUGCAUGAAAAAAACAAGGCCAUGUUGCUGGGAAGGUAGUCUUCAGAGGCACACACUUCCCUGGGACAGCUGUGUCAUCUCACGUCUCAAGACAAGAAAACGGAGUUUAAACCCAUGACAUAUGAAUAAAAGCAAGGCACCUGUUGAGGGAAAAGGAAAAGAAAGAAAGAAAGAAAGAAAAACUUACAGAGAGAGUUGAAGACUGCUGAAAAGAGGUGACGCCAUUAUGAGUUGCCAGAAUGCUACCCCUGGGUUGAACAAAGGGUCUCAGCCCCGGCCAGAGAACCCGGAGAGGACUUCCCAUGGUGCGACUGCAAAGGAAGACGCCAGCACAGCGCUGCUUGGCAAUCAACUCACCCUGGGCGACUUCGUCCAAAUACAGAGAGCCUUUGAGCCCUCGGAGCCCAGUCAAACCAUUUGUAUGUCCAGAGAAGAGUUUGUGCAGAGAAUGACAGAGACUGUUGGCUGGGGCACAAAGGAAGAAUAUGGAGAGCUCUUUGAUAAAGUGGAUGUGGCCCAAGAGGGCUUCAUCAAUUGGGACAAGCUGACUUCGUUUCUGCUGUUAACACUUUAUGAGAAAGAUGAACAAGCAAAGGCAACUGUAGUUCCCCAGUGGAGAGACCUUGAAUUUCUCCCAGUGAAACACAAAGAUAACAUCCAAAGAGUAAUUUUCUUAAGAAGUUCAAGGCGUUAUCUGACCAUCAGUAAGGAAGGUUCAGUAGGAAUCUGGGGAGAGAAUUUAAAGCUGCAAAAAACACUUCCCAUCACUUCAGAUGCCACCAAGCUAAAGCACCUGUGGGUGACAAGUAUGGUUUCUCUGGAAAAUGUAAACAAGAUAGCAGUGGCUUUUACAAGUAAAGAGAUUUGUUUCUAUGAUCUACUGUCCAAAGAAGAAUUUCCUUGUCAAUAUAAACUCCAAGGCCUGAAAGGAACACCAAUUUGUAUGGAUUAUUGGUACAACCCUCUUGAUGCCAAUGAGUCAAUUCUUUCUUUUGGGGACAUAACUGGAAAGGUUCAAGUAAUUGCUUUCACAACAGCCUUGAUUUCCCUUUUUGAGCAUCCUGCUGGUGCAUGUGAAGAUGAAGAAGCUACAGUGACCAUUAACUGGGCAGAUCUGCGCCCUGGACAUCACAAAUGUUGCUAUACGUUAGGGCACAAACUUCAUCAUGGAGAUUGGGUCAGACAAGUUACUUACAAUGCAUCUUUAGAUGCUAUUAUUUCCAGUACAACCAACAAUACAAACACUGUGGUGCUGGCCUGGAGAGAGAAAUCUAAAAAGCAUCUUAAAAUGACAUCUUUCAACAUUGCCCAGGGCAUUCAUGCUUUUGAUUACCACUCUCAGCUCAAUUUAAUUGCAACUGCUGGCAUUGACAGUAAAGUUUGCCUUUGGAACCCCUAUUUUGUCUCUAAGCCGGUUGGUGUCCUUUGGGGUCACUCAGCCAGUGUGAUAGCUGUCCAGUUCUUUGCUUCAAGAAAACAACUUUUCAGCUUCUCCAGAGAUAAAGUUUUGAGACUCUGGGAUAUUCAGCAUCAACUAUCCAUCCAGAGGAUCUCUUGCUUUUUCCCCAAGAGUCAGGACUUCAGGUGUCUCUUCCACUUUGAUGAAGCCCACGGACGACUCUUCAUCUCGUUUAAUAACCAGCUAGCUUUGCUGGCAAUGAAAAGUGAAGCCGGCAAGAGGGUGACAAGCCACAAGAAAGCAGUCACUUGUGUCCUUUACAAUUCAGUCUUGAAGCAGGUAAUCAGCUCUGAUGUGGGGUCGACUGUUUCUUUCUGGAUGAUAGGCACUGGGCAGAAAAUCAAACAACUUACCAGUUGCCAUGGUAAUGCAGAAAUCAGCACGAUGGCCCUAGAUGCAAAUGAGACGCGGCUUUUGACUGGCAGCACAGAUGGGACCAUAAAGGUCUGGGACCUCAAUGGCUGUUGUCACCACAUACUCAAUGUUGGACAAGAGGGAGCUGUGGAUAUUUCACACAUCCUGGUCCUUAAGAAGACAAUCCUGGUUACAGGCUGGGACAGGUCUAUUACUGUGUUUCGAAAUCAGAACUUCAAUCAGUUUUUCAUCCAGCCUGAAGAAUGGAAGGGAGGAAUUCAACACCAUGAUGAUAUAUUAUGUGCUGCAUUUUUACCUCCACAAACUCUUGUUACAGGGAGUUAUGAUGGAGAAAUUGUUUUGUGGAACAACAGCACAGAAAAUGCUCACUAUGUCCUUCACCCUGAUUAUCAGAGGCUGCUAAAAUCAAAAUCGGAUGCAGGGCCUCAAAAGCUUCUUGGUGCUGGGAGAAGCCCCUCUACCCAUCCCACCUAUGACCAGGCUACCCUGGGAGCCUGUUCCUUUGAGAUGGACACUGAGUGCAAUCAUGCUGUUAUGAGGCUUUGCUUCCUUGAAGCAAGAAAAAACAUCACAGAGACAGGGGGAGCCAACCUGGUAUCAUGUGGAGGAUCUGGGUAUGUCAGAUUCUGGGAUACAUUUAAGAAGCAACUUUUGGCUGAAUUUUUGGCUCAUAGUGGAGUUGGUUCUAUUAUUAUGUCUACUGAUAAAUCAAAUCGAUACCUCGCCACAGGAGAUCUGGAAGGGUGGUUAAAAAUCUGGAAUAUAGAGGAGUACUGUCUUAAUUCCAGCAAGAACAAACUCACACAGGCCCCAACUCUGAUAAGAUCGUUCCGACCUCAUGAAGACUGGAUAAGCUCCUUAGAAAUGUGUGAGCCGGGCGGCCGCUUGCUGAUUCUCUCUGCCUCUGCAGACUGCAGCGUUUGUGUGACUGAUGUCUGUGGUGUUCCUGUCCAGAUCUUUGGUCAGGAAAAGCAUUGGCAACUUGAAAACUGUUUUUCUGUCCCUAAAAGAGACACUAAUUUAAUGGGAAAUAAGAUUCAAGAGAAAACCAUAAAGGAAAUUCCCUUAUUUUCUAAGGAAGAAUCAUGUUUAGACCCAUCAAAACAUUCACUACUUGAUAAGAAAACAUACAGUGUCAGACCUUCAGAAGUCAUAAACUUGGGUGUGAAAUAUAUGGAAAGAAAUGUUUAUAAGAAAAAAACACAUGACCUUUACAAUGGUGGAAUUAUACAAAAAUCAUUCAGCAGUUUUAGGUCAUUAAGCAUUGGAACAUUGAAAGAGCUACCUGAAGUGAAUAAACCAGCUUUUCUUCUAGACCCUGAGAAAUACUUUAGGGAAGGCCCAGAGGAGCAGUGUCCCCAAAUUCCAGAGUUUCCAUCACUUUCUGAAACAUUGAAAGCAAUAUUUGAUGAGAAAAACCUGUUUCCCAAAGAAAUUCUGGAUCGUGAAAGAAGAGCCAAGCAGUUACGUCAAGAAACAAGUAGUAAAGUGAAGAUAAAAGGAAAUAAGAAACCAUGGCAUUCUGAAAUAUUUACGAUGAAAUACACUGGUAAUCUGAUGUGAGAUUCCUAUAAAAAACAAAAAGAACUAAUUACUAGCAAAUUUACAACUGCUGGCACAUUCUUCCACAUUUUGUUUCUACUUACUGUGUGUAUGUGUGCGUGUUGCUCAAUCGUGAAAUAAUGGAUGAAAUAAUAAUUCAAACUUAAUGAUUUUUAAAAACUCUAUUGUUUUAUCCCUUGAUGCUUGCAAAUUUCAUAAUUGAUCAUUAACCUGGUCAUGUUAGCCCUUCUGUACCAAUGUGAACACCUGCUCUGGUUUUAGAGGAAUUAAUUGGACAAAUGUUCAAGGUAAAUAGAGUUGGCCUUGUCUGAUCAGGUGUUCUAUGUACUAGUGUUUCCCAGCAGGUACAUUUUAGCUGUAACAUUACAGUGAGUAGUCAGAAGCCAAUUUUGGGGUAAGUAUCUUAAAAUUAAAUAGCUUUUGAAUGAAGUAUGUAUGCAAUAACAUUGACCAUGAGUGUUUAAUAGAGCAGAGGAAUGGCAUUUCAAUUCACUUUGGUGCAGGUAUAAUUUAAAUUUAUCAAAUUAACACAUCAUUUUAUUUUCCUUGAAAGACUAAAAUUUCCUUAAAUUUUCACUAUCAGUUUGAAGGUCAGAUUCUUAUAGAACUAUUCAUCAGGUUGCUUAGUUCACCAGUCCUUCAUGUUUUCUGAUGAGGUACAAUCUAAAACCCAAAGAGGUAAGUGAAUUUUAAAAACAUCUUUUUUUGCAUGAGCUUGUAGUUUAUUAAGUGUCUAAAUUUUUUCUGGGAAAACAGAUGCUCAGAGGAUAUAUACUUUAAUUAUUAAGAUUGUUAAUAGGACAACUCCCAGAUUCUACUAAGGAAAAAUUGCAUCCUUCAAAAUAUUGUUUAUUACUCUAAUAUAAACCAAGUACUUAAAAAUGUGCCAAAUUGCCACUUUAUGACUUAAAAGUAUUAAUAACAUUUUGACAACUUACAUAUCUACAAACUGAUAUUUCAGUCAGAAAUCUUAUAAGAUAAUGAAUAUAUUAGAAAAUGAUACACAGAAAUUAUUUAUUUUGCAUAUAAAACUUCUUUUACACUCUGGCUUUUACUGCUACUGUACUACCAGUCACAAGCUGAUAUACUAAUUUAAUUCUCAAUAAGGCACCAUAAGGCAUCUGCUUGAUAGCAUAUAUUUAUAUUUGAAGUUUGUUAACAUGUUAUUUUCUAAAACUGUUUAACUUGCAUUUUGAGGGAUUUUCCUCUGUAAGUUGUAUGUCUAAGCAAAUAGAGUUUAACUACACAUUUCAGAAAAGAAAUGGAAAUAUCUAGAUAAUGACUUUAUAGCUUAGUUUUGGAAAAUAAUUGACUAUUAGUAUCUUUAAGUAUGGAGCUUCUCUGGUGACGAAGUUGGUAAAAAAUCCACUUGCAAUGCAGGAGACCUGGGUUUGAU